AUGAUGAAGAAUGGGGUGAAAAAUUCAUCGCCCAGCUUCAGAGAAUUCAGCUGGGAGGAGCUCAAAACCGCGACAAAAGGUUUUUCUUCGGACAACAUUGUUUCGGAGCACGGAGAAAAGGCUCCAAACGUUGUCUACAGAGGCUUUCUUGAAAAUGAAGGAUGGGUUGCUGUUAAGCGUUUCAACAAAUCCGCUUGGCCCGAUCCUCGCCAAUUUCUUGAUGAAGCUAAGUCAGUGGGGAACCUUAGAAGUGAAAGACUGGCAAAUCUGAUUGGGUGUAGCUUUGAAGGGGAUGAGAGAUUGCUUGUGGCUGAGUUUAUGCCUAAUGAAACUCUAGCAAAGCAUUUAUUUCACUGGGAAAAUCAACCCAUGAAAUGGGCAAUGAGGCUUAGGGUAGCUCUAUAUUUGGCGCAAGCUCUCGACUACUGCAGCAAUAGGGGUCGUGCAUUGUAUCACGAUCUUAAUGCUUAUAGAGUCUUGUUUGAUGAGGAUGGUAACCCUAGGCUAUCUUGCUUCGGCCUUAUGAAAAACAGUCGAGACGGUAAAAGUUACAGUACAAACUUGGCUUUCACUCCUCCUGAGUAUUUGAGAACUGGAAGAGUAACUCCAGAGAGUGUGGUUUACAGUUUCGGAACUAUUCUGCUCGACCUUCUAAGUGGCAAGCAUAUACCUCCGAGCCACGCACUCGAUCUCAUUCGUGGAAAAAACUUUAUGAUGUUAAUGGAUUCUUGUUUGGAGGGCCAUUUCUCUAAUGAUGAUGGGGCCGAAUUGGUUAGGCUGGCCACACGAUGCUUGCAAUUUGAAGCACGCGAAAGGCCGAAUUCCAAAUCACUAUUAACUUCUCUCUUAUCCCUUCAAAAAGAAUCUGAGGUUCCUUCAUAUGUUUUACUGGGUGUUCCACAAGCAAAUGCAAGUAAUCAGAUGUUGACUCCCAUUGGUGAAGCAUGCUUAAGGAUGGAUCUCACAGCCAUACACGAAAUACUCGAUAAGGCUGGAUACAAAGACGACGAAGGAAUUGCUAACGAGUUAUCUUUCCAAAUGUGGACAAAUCAAAUGCAGGAGACUUUGAGUUCCAAGAAGCAAGGAGAUGCUGCUUUUCGAGCCAAAGAUUUCUCGUCCGCCAUUGACUGCUACUCCCAGUUCAUUGAUGGUGGGACGAUGAUUUCGCCUACUGUUUAUGCUCGCCGUUGCCUAUCAUAUUUGAUGAUUGAUUUGCCGAACCAAGCUUUAGGAGAUGCCGUGCAAGCACUUGUUAUAUCACCAGAUUGGCCAACCGCUCUUUAUCUUCAAUCGGCCUCACUCUUCAUACUCGGGAUGGAAAACGAGGCUCAAGAAUCGCUUAAAGAGGCCACAAAAUUGGAAGCGAGACGAAACAUGAAAUAA